AUGUCUGAUAUAAAAUUAAGUCCAUUAGAAAUUAGAGAGGACAUUGACACAAGAUUGAAUAUAUCCUUUGUUUUGUCAUCUACAUAUCAGUCAGUACGAAUUGAUGUAUUUUUUAACUUCAAUGAUAAUCAUGGAAUUAAAUAUCAACUAUAUGGAUUUUUCCCUCGAAUCGAAGAUUAUUCAUCAAAUUUCAGUAGCUAUCACGUUCUAAACAAAAAUGAUUUAAUAGAUGGCACUAAUUAUAUUUACCUUUAUCCAUAUUAUCAAGGAACUUGUGGCGAGUAUGUCAAUGCUUCAUUCAAAUACAUUAUGAAGAAACCAAUCCUCAGCAUCACCGCACUAGACAAUCAAAAAUUCAAAAAGAAUGAUAAUGAGUUUUUUAUUAUUAAUGGAACAGUUAAAUGUGAUUAUGAUUGCCAAAAGAUUAAAUUUUUUUAUCAGUUUGAUGGAUAUGAAGAAAACGAAGCAGGAGAUCUUCCAAUUCAGUCACAAAAUGAAUGUGAAUUUAAUUAUAAAGCUCCAUUUCCAUCAAAUAUGACAUCAAGAAACAAUCAUUCUAUCAGUAUUUGGGCAAUUGACAGUUCGAACAAAAGUUCGUCAAUAAUCUCAAGAAACUUCUCUUAUUUUGACGUUCUUAAAUCUAAAGAAAGAAUAAAUCUUCGAAAAUUGAGAAAAAACAUGAAAAUACUCAAGGCGUUAUGCAUGGUCUUAAUUCAAAUUAAAAAAUGA